CCCUUAUGGGGGUCUGUGACAGCAUAUUAAACACUUUGGUGGGUUUUUAUCUGGCACAUUAAUACAGCCCAAAGUAUCCAGAUAUCAAAUUCUUGGGAUAUUUUUGGGGUAUCAAAUUUCAGAGAUCAUCCAUCUCUGUAGCACCACCUACAGGCCAAACCUAAAGGUUCCUGAUUCCUCACCUGUUUUCACCUGUGCAGUGCUACAGGUUGUGUCUCAGAUAUGAUGUUCUGCAGGGUUCCUCACCACCUCCUGCUUUUACUCAUCCUCACAUUCAUCACAGUUCCUGUAUCAGCUGUCACUACUGUAAAGGUGGGGUUUAAUCAGACUGCUGCUCUGCCCUGUAAUCAGACGUGUUCUCAUCAGGUCACAUGGACUCCAUUUAAUAACCCAGGUUAUGUAGUGGCUCAGUGUGAUCAGACAUCCUGCAGGUCAGCAGAAGGAUUUAACAUCUCCCAUGAUCAGUAUCUGAAGGGAAAUAUGACCCUCACCAUCACUGCAGCUGAUGACAGUAAGAGGAACAUGUACACGUGUCAGUGUGAUGGCAAAGACAUUAAUGAUGUGCGUCUCAGCAUCGAGUCCAUCAUAUCAUCAGUUCAGACGAUUCCUGGUGAAGAUCUACAGCUGAAUUUGCACAUAUCAGACCAAGUGGAGGUGACCUAUGGGGUUGGAGUUCAACAUGGUGUACAGAUCUGCAGUGUGUAUAAAAGAUCAUUAGACUGUACAGCUGAAUACACACAGAGAACAUCACUCACUAACACACUUCUUACACUGAGAGAAGUAAAGAGGACUGAUGAUGGAGUUUACAUCAUCAGAGACACGGAGUAUAACGAGAACCUUCAUAUUUACUUUGUAACAGUAAGAGCCAUCAUAUCAUCAGUUCAGACGAAUCCUGGUGAAGAUCUACAGCUGAAUUUGCACAUAUCAGACCAAGUGGAGGUGAUCUUUAAACACACAGAUUCAGCAGAUCCGCAUGGUGAACAGAUCUGCAGUGUGUAUAAAAGAUCACUAGACUGUACAGCUGAAUACACACAGAGAACAUCACUAAAUAACACACUUCUUACACUGAGAGAAGUAAAGAGGACUGAUGAUGGAGUUUACAGCAUCACAGACACGAAGUAUAACGAGACCCUUCAUAUUUACUCAGUAACAAUAAGGGGUACGUAUUCAGUGUGAUUUGUGUCAGUGUGUAAAAUUCAUCAGUCUGAUGUUGGUCAGAAAUCAUCGUGAACAUUCAGUUAAUAUGAUAAAAUAAAACUUAAAGUUGCUCUGAAACUUGACCGUAUGAGAACCUGUCAUUAAAUUCUACAUUUUCUACACACAGGUUUGUUUACUAGUAAAUAAAUUCUCCUGCAGAUGAUUUACAAAUAAAUAAAUGUUU